AUGCUUUCACGUCAUGUUAUUGGGCAACAAAACGGUAUAUUUGGUGCAAUAAUAAGAGGUGUAGAUGAUGGAAUAAAUAUAUUCAGGAAUAGCUUAGACGUCGGUAUAAGAUCUUUUAUUAAUCACGAACCGUCAGAAAAUAAUGACCUAACCUUCAAAGGAGACGAGUCAGAAUUCAAUCAAAAUCAGGACAGUUUUGAAUCAGAAGAACCAUAUAGCAGUACUUCUAGACAGCGUCAUGAAGAAGAUUCUAUGUCAGAAGAAACUCAUAAACAAAAAGAUGAAUAUUUAAUACCAAAAAAGGACCCGAUUAAUCAUACGUCUUUACCCGUUCAUACGCGAAAACCUCAGAAUGUCACAAAGGCUAUUAAACAUGUGGCACCUACUAAAGAAAUACUUCUGGGUAAUGGCUAUAUAAGUAAUGCUACACUGAUAGAAAAAGACGAUUUCCUAUCUGUAGACAAAAUAAAUGUAAGUUUAACAAAAAAUAAAGAUUAUUCAGCCGCCAAUAUAACAACCAUGCUCAAUGAUAUAAUAAAUGAAACUUCAAAGCCUCUAAUAAUAGUAGUGAACGGUACUGUGAUAGAAAAUACUGUACCUAAAGUAUCAGUUGUAAAUAAUUCAACAAUAAAUCUUAAUUCCACACAAACAGUACUUAAUGAUACCGUUAAGAAUGAUAAUGACAAAAAUGUUAUGAAAUCAAUUACUAAGACGAAGUUUUUCUUCCAAGUACAACCUUUAAGACCAAUGAAUGAUAUUAAAAGUGAAAACGAAACAAUUUAUUAUAUAGAUAAAUGA